UGUGUCGCAGCGCGUGCGGGGCUGACGGAGCAUCUGUCGGAAUAUUCUUAUACCUCCAUCUUUCUACCCCGCUGCCGCCCAGGAGCCACCACCCGUAGCAACUAGACGUGUAAAUGGAGUUUCAAUCGUUGUCGUGACUGUCCUCCACCGCCUCUCACCCUGCAGAAGACUGCAUUGAAGUUGCAGCAGCGACCACAGCACCGCGGCUCCCUCUCCUGUUGCAGACAUGGGCACCGUCCUCUCCAUAUCUCCUGCCACGAAGAAGGCGUCUAUUAUGGACGCCGAGCUCGCGGCAGGGGAUGGACAGAAAAACGACAAGAGCCUCAAGCGCCACUCGAUGUUCGUCUCCCUGUCCUGGAGGAAGCUGGUGUUCAAUUCGGGCAAGAAGAGUGCCAAGAAAGUGACCCCGAACCCGCUGCCAGCCCCGGCAAACCAAGUGGCGCAGCUCAACAGCGAAAACAUCAGGAAGACGCACAAAACCGACGAGAAGAAACCCAAAGCGCCCAUCCCGGUACCAGUACCCACUGUGCCCACGCAAAAUAAAGAUGCCCUGGUCCAAAAUGGAAAGCUUUCCACGGUGCAGAAGCAGCCCAGCAGCCUGUCUGUGUCCCCCAGGCGGAUCGUCAUCCAGGCUUCCACCGGGGAGCUGUUGCGCUGUUUGGGGGACUUCAUGUGCCGCAGGUGUUUCAAACUGAAGGAGCUAAAGAGUUCAGAUGUGAUCCUAUGGUUCCGCAACAUCGAUCGGACUCUCUUGCUGCAGGGCUGGCAGGAUCAAGGCUUCAUCACGCCGGCCAACGUGGUGUUCGUGUACCUGCUGUGCGAGGACACGAUAGAGGACAGCGUGGACACCGCGGCCGAGCUGCAGGGAACCUUUCAGACUUGCCUCUACCUGUCCUACUCCUACAUGGGCAACGAGAUCUCCUACCCGCUCAAGCCCUUCAUGAUCGAGGCCAACAAGGAUGUGUUCUGGGAGACGGCGCUGCGGAUCAUCGACAGGCUCAGUGCCAAAAUGCUGCAGCUCAAUUCAGACCCGCACUUUUUCACCGAGGUCUUCCAGGACCUGAAAAACCAACGAGAUACGACCGAGGCAAACCUGGAUCGCUGACGUGGAAACAAGACACUGGUGUUUUUUUGUUUUUUUUAAAGAAUAAAAAAGAUGAUUGUUUGGCACAUAACGAUGAAUGUAAAAGGCCAACGUGGAAGGCUUCUCACGUCUUGGCUGAAUAGAAUGAUAGGCUGCAGAUUUCAUAAAAUGCAUGCCACAAUGGUAAAAUCAACAUCUUUUUUGUCUUGUCCCUUUGGGGUGACGCAGGGAUUGACAUUGUAAGUGACACUCAAAUCCUUCUUUCAUUCAUGAUUAGCCUACUUGAUGGGUAAGUCAGCGCGCGGAUGGUGCAGUGUGGGCUGGUUCAGGACCAGAAUAGAUGUGUUUGUGAGAGGUGGAGGCGGAGCUGUCCUAGGUGCUGACCUGUACAGCCAUUUCUCCUCUGCUCCGUGCUAUUUGAGUCACCUAGCUCGCCACAACAGAGCCAAUGCGUGGCUUAAGAGGACAAGAGUCAGUACACUUUCAGCACAUAAGCCUAAGCCUUGUGAGUGCAGGUACACAGCAUAAUGUUUUUUUUAGAUUCUCUGUAAGCUGAUGGACAUGCAACAGAUAACAGAAGCAUGUUUCUGCAAGGGGACACAAUAGGCUACUUAUGUGAAUAAUUACUAUUUCUUUUAUUGUAGAAUAGACUGCUCGAUAAAUCAUAUGGUCUACAAAACGUCAGAAAAUAGAGGAAAAUCUCCAUCCCAGUUUCUCAAAAGCCAAAGUUUGUCUUUAAAUGUUCUUGUUGUCAGUCCAAACCCAAAUAUAUUAACACAGAAUCCAUAGAAUAAAAUCAUUAAUAAACAAUUAUAUAUUUUAGGAUAAAUCUGCAUGCUUUAAUCAGCUAAAUUGUUCUCAGUAUUUCACACAAUAAUUAAGGAUUCCUACAGAUAUUGAAAGUAUUUUAUUGAAAUCAACAAAAAUAUUUAACAGACUGAAGUUUCAGAAGCUUUAUGAUACACAUUUUAGAAUUGCAAGAAAUCUCCGUACCUGACAGGAUUCUUUGCAGGAGAAAUGACUAUCAUUUAAUGGAUUACAAAUUGGUUGCCGAUUAUCUUUUUGUCAAUGGACUAACGGAUGAGUCAACCAAUCGUUGCCUCUCUAAAUAAGAUGCUAUGGGAAAUAGAGGUGAAAAGCCUCAUGCUGUGUAUCUUCAUAUCUGAUUGCUCUUGAUGUGGGAUUUAAUCCACCAAUGCAUUCAUGUACACAACAUUAUUUUGAGAUAAUAGAACUUGUUUUCCUGAGACUGUUGGGAUCCACCUGUACGUAAGCUAUUGGCUCAAGUUGAAUAUGAGGUUCAGAAAUGUGCAAUCAGUGAUGGGAGAAUCUUCCAUUUUGAAUGUGAUAGAAAAAAAAACGCACUUAAUGGGCCCAUAGACGGCCAUACAGCAAGAUUAUCAACCGAAUGCCUCUGUUGUGCAACGCAGGGGCUAGAUAGAGACUCAAUGGAAUGUACAGUUUUUCAAUCGAUUUUUUUUUCUUCUAUCUUAUACGUGCCAACUAUGAAAUGCUCUUGGCCUGAAACUAUGUGGUUUACAUGUACAUAUCCAAUAUUUUACCUUUAUUUAAUUUGCCUGUUUUUAUAGGUGGCUGUAUAUGUUGUUGUCCAAGCAUAACAAAAAAUUGUCAAUUUUGUUUGCCCUGCUCUGUACAUUUUCUAAGGGCAUCAAUUCAGGAAUUAUGUUUUUUUUUUCAAUCAUGUAAAUAUUGAAUGUUAAGGUCUCAUUGUUAUUAAGUGAUAUCGUUUUGCACACAUCAUUGCAGUUCCUAUAAGCUAAACGUGAUUCGACUCCAGCUCUGAAACCCAGCUUAUAGGGCAACAUGGACAGUUAUUAUUCUGUGUUAUGCUAAGUAACCAUUGUGAUGUUGUGUUGUGAACUCAUUGCUUGGAAAGUGAAAUAUAAAUGCUGCUAUUUUUUGCACAGCUCUGAACAAAUCUUCAAUGUUUUACACAGUGGUAUUUGCAUAAUGGUCGUGCACCAGUGUUUCCUGUCAGGCCACUGGAGUGUUUGCCAUUACGUUUGCAGUCAGUGUUACUAAAGUCUAUGACGAUCAUCUGUGAAUUAGAUCUUUUGUACAGUUCAUUUUUCCUAUGUGUCAGCUUUGGAAGGUGAUAUUUAGUAAGUGUGUGUUGUCUGUGGUUGCGCCACAGUUGCAUUCACUACUCUACAUGUUAAUACAAAGGUCAAUGCAGUACUUGUUUAUGGUGACCAUGAUGAAAUAAAUCCAAACUUCUGUAGGA